CUGGAUGAGAGGCAUCGCUUAAUUGCAGAGGGCCGCCUGCCGCCCAUAUCCUAUGAAUGGGAGAAGGAGUUGUGGGCGAAACGCGAGCGAUUCGGUAAAUACGGUCUGGCAAGUGGUGUUGAUCCCGGUGAGCUAUGGCCAACUGUUGAAGAAAUUCAAGAACAAGAAGCUAUUGGAUGGUAUGGGAAAUUCAGUGACGUUCUGAAAAAAGUGCAGAAUGCAAAGAAAACUGAGCACGCUGCUGCUUUAGCAAGAUUGAAGGAAGUAGCCACAGCCGAAAGUAAAUAUCCGGAAAUGUUUAAAGAAUUUCUGGACACUCAAAAAGAAGUGGUACCAGUGAAAAGCAAACAAGAAUUGGAGGCGGAGCAGCAAAGAAAAGAAUUACUGGAAUAUUACGGAUAUGAAAUUGUGCAGGAGGAUCCGAGAUUUCCCAUUUUGCUCGAGAAAAUGAUGGAUGCGAAGAAAAAGGUCUGCAUACUUUAA